CCGCUCACUUCUGCCAUAUAAAUACACUCGCACACUAUUAUAGAGCAUGUCAGGUUGUGUGAUUCAGAUCAUCCAAGAGGAGCAUCCCGCUCUCAGGUUUUUUUUUCAAUGAACUAAAUAAAAAUAAAAAGUUUUGUUCAUAUAGAAAGUAUUGAAAUUCUAGAGCUGGAUACACAAGCACACUCAAAUAGCAUCUGAGACUGAUUUGGCUCAUUCUUUGCUCUUGGCGCUGGUUUGGACCAUGCCGGACCUGAAGAAGUUCCUCACAGAGGGCCUGAUCCAAGUAGCUAUUCUUCUCAGUCUGGCUGGGAUGCGUGUGGACGUGGAUCCCUACCUGCCCCCUUUAAGUGAAAUCAUUCUGGGCCCAAAUUCAGCUCUAACUCAGGCUCAAUUCCACAAUCUUCGAAAUAUCUUGGAUGGAUAUAACCUGCACCCAAAAAGCGCAGAUCUAGAUGGGUUCUUCACAGCUCGCAGGCUUCUGAGCUGGGUUCGCUCCCUGGACCGCCUGCAGGUGCCAGCGGCGGAGCUGGAAGCCUGGUUGGUCCACGGGGAGCCUGACAAUGGAGUCUCCAUUCCAGCUCAAGUGGCUCUCCUCGAGGAAGGUGGAGGACUUGAAGAUGUGGAGGAACCCUCAGAGCUGAGCAUGAGGUUGGGAAAUGGAGGAGAAGCGGGUUAUGAUGCAACUGAGGACCAAACCCUCGGAGCUUUAGGGCACAUGUCAAGAAACCUCAACCUUCCAAAUGAUGAUGAACUCUUUAAAGAGGAGGGAGAUGGUAUGUCUUUCUUCUGGGAGCAGGAACCUCAAAAUGUCCACCAGGAGCAGCUGGAAAAUGCAAGAACCCAACCUCUCAACAUGUUUAAUGAGGACGAAGAAGAGGAGGAUGAGUUUAUGGUGGAGAGCUGGAGACAAACAAAUCCAUUUCACAACCAGAUGUUUGAAGAGGAUCUGCAGUUGUCAAGUGCAAGGGAGCAUGCUUCUCUUUCCAUUGAAGAGUGCUUGCAUCUCAUCGACGCAAACUUCCACUCAGGAGGAGAUCCAGAGUUGUCAGGUCCUGAUGUACAGGAUGCAGGAGAACAUGCACUUUCAGAGUUUCAGGGGCCACUCAUGUCACCCUUGUUGCCUGAACAGGAGCCCACAACAUUAGAGCAACAAUGGCAAGAUGUUUUGGCCAUCAUGGAAUCGCAGGACAUGGAUACAGCUGAAACAGUAGACCAAUCACCCUUCAUGGAUACAGCUGAAACAAUAGGCCAAUCUCCCUUCAAUAUCAGUGAUCCAGACACAAAUACUGGAUCAAUUGGAAACAUUAUUCAACAGGAUGUUAGCCUUCACCAAGCUGCUCUACCAAGAUCCACUGAAACACAAAACCACACUACAACCAGUAACAACCACUCCAUGCCAAACAUCAAUUUGGACAAUUCAUCUAACGUAGAAGCCUUUGAAGACUCCGAUAUCAUAGACCUCUUUCUGACUGCUGGCACUAGCCUGCCAAGCCCUAUAGAUCCUCUGCUGGAGGAGGCCAUGCUUGAUGAGAUUGGUCUAAUGGAUUUGGCGCUGGUAGAACUCAGCCAGACACAGUCUGAAGAGAUAAACCCAGUGGAUUCUGACUCUGGUUUAUCCUUGGACUACAGUCAAAGCCCUGCCUCUCCUAGUGGAUCUGAAUCUUCCAGCUCCUCCUCAUCUUCUUCACGGUCCAGCUCAACCCCUGGUUUGAUGGAUGAGGAAGGCGCUGUGGGCUACACCCAUAUCAAAGAAGAGGAUGAAAAUGUGGGCGGGUACAUGCCAGAACAAAGCAAGAUGUGUCAAUCAAGCUUUUUGGAAGCCAGACAGUUCCAUCGCCUUCCUUGGCUCGAACACAUCGGGCACGAUCAUACCUACAACCAACCGCAAAGCCAGAAGAAACCUCCGAAAGAUCUUUCCGACGAGUCGCCGAAAAACAAGGUGCUGGAUCAUAUUUCCAGCCGGGACGAGAAACAUGCACGUUUGAUGAAUCUCCCGUUCUCCAAUGAACACAUCGUAAACUUACCCGUCGAUGAGUUCAAUCGGUUGCUAGCCAAAUAUCAUCUCAAUGAGGCUCAGCUCACGCUUAUCAGAGACAUUCGCCGCAGGGGUAAAAACAAAAUGGCUGCUCAGAGCUGUCGUCGGAGGAAGCUUGAUGUCCUGCUGGGACUGGAGUGCAGUGUGGAUAGCCUGCGACGCCUCCGGGCCAAACUGCUCAGGGAAAACUCUGAGAUCUUGCGCUCCAUCAGGGAGAUGAAGCAGCAUCUUAAUAGCUUGUAUCAAGAGGUUUACGAGAGACUGAGGGAGGAACAGGGACUGCUGUACACUGACAACAACUUUACUUUGCAGCAAGACAGCACCGGCCAUGUAACAUCACAACGCAGAUCAGAUUCACACUCCAGACGCAAACUUAGCAAGAGACAAAAACACAAGAAGUGAGAUGGAGGACUCAUGCUAUAACAAUGCUCAGGAAAAAUGCUCUCUGCUGUGAAAUCCACCUGAUGGUUUUCCACGUUUCGAUGGGAAUUUGCACCAAGUAGGGUAUAUUUACCCAAGUGAUCAUCCUUGAUCAUGUAUUACAGUAUACUAUGUAGGCACACAAUACACCCUGACCACACAUCAGGUUCCAAGGUUUUGUUAUUAUAAGGCCAUAUCAUGAGUUUCCUUUGUCUUUUAAGAUAAAGGUGUUCAUGUACUCUAAAAAUCUACUGUAAUAGACAGCUAAACCACAGUUUGUGUGUAAGGCUGUGUCUAGCCAGAGAAAGCUCUCAACGCCGUUGUAUGUUUUACUUGUAAACAAGGCGCAGCAGAAAGCAACAGAUUGUUUAUUUCACAGAGAGGGUGAAAAAUUCUCAUUAAAGAAGCCUUUUCACUCAGAUAUACAUCACAAUGGGGGGAAGAAAGACAAUUACAACUUGUUUCACGUCCACUUUAAGAACAAAACAGGGCUAAAAGAACAUAAGGAGUAUCUGAAAUUGUUCCCAAAAUCAGAAAACCAAAAUAAUCCAAAAUUAGAGCAGCAAAUGGUAAAUUAUGCUUGGAAUCCAAGCACUGAAACAAAGGUUUAAUGCAUUUUAACUACCGCUUACUGGUAUAAUAAGUGUUGGUUUGGCAUCUCAUUAUGGGGAACACCUUCAUACCACGUGAGCUUAAUUUUGAGCAAGAUUAACAUUACAGUAACUAAACAGCAGGGUUGUAAGGAUGAGGAUUUUUGACCCACCGUUUUGAUUGCUUAUUUUAUUGUCUUAUUACAGAUUACGUUACUGUAACUCAUUGAUGAAAUGUUUGUUAAAAUACCAGUUCUGUAUUUGAUGUUUUAAAAUACUCCGUAAAUAAUUUAAACUUUUUUUUUUUUUUUAUAUACAUAUUCAAUCAUAUACCUUGUGCUGAAUAUUUUGCAGUGAAUUUAUGUUCUUGGUUACCAGCUGGGAUUGUUCUUGAUUCAAUUAAAAUAUUUAUUGUA